GUUUUGAUAACAAGAGUAGACAGUCAUGUGACUUCAAUAACAAUUGACGCAUUUUACGAGAUCCUCCCUACAUGAGUUUCUGUCCUGUUGCUCUUAUUACUCUUUUAAAAAGUGUUAGGUUAACAAGAACACCAUUUCCAGCACUUAGUUUGGUAGGGCUGCUCACCUGCCAUGAGAACACCUGGGAUUUUUAUUUGCGGGUUGGUGCUCGCACCAUGCGGGUUGAUAUUAGACCUGACGAGCACCGUGGCACCAAGCUGGCGCACCAUCCAUAACAUCGCAGGAGUUUCCACUGAUGAGGUUAUGCAGCAAGGACUCUGGGACAUUUGCAAGACAUUUACAUCAACCCGGGAUAUUCAGUGCAACCAACAGGACACACAAUACUUUAGCAAUCAGAUCAUCAAGAUUGCGCAGGGGUUGAUGUUGGCAUCUCUUAUUCUCAAUGUCAUAGCCAUUGGCGUGGCAUCUCUUGGAGUCAGAUGUUGGACCGAUACACCAAACUGGACAGUCGCUGGGAUCGGGGGUAUUCUCAUCUUCAUCUCAGGGGUCCUCGCCAUCAUUCCAGUGGCGUGGUAUACUCACAUUAUGACCUCGAUCAGUUCUCCGUCCACCGACAUUCGUGUAGGAUAUUGUUUGGUGUUGGGCUUCAUCGGCGGCAUAUUGGAAGUGAUUGGAGGUUUGGUUAUGUCCAUCGGUUUAUGUCGGUGUUGUGGCGAUCAGUCCACUCGCGAUCCAUCUCCACUCCGUAGGGUAACGGCCCCGAGUGUGAGCAGCAGCUCCAGCAGUGUCCCAUAUUAUUACUCCAAAGAUACCAACGUGGACUUUCCUAGCGCGAAAAGACCGCCGGACAUUAGACCUGUUAACACUGCUUACACAACAAGACCAUUCGAUUCAGAUUUGUAAAACGCACAUACAUUUUCAAACCAACGGCAUUUACAUAAAACAAUGCUUAAACAAUAUUCUAUCACAAAUAUUAGGAAUGGUUUUAAUGGAAAAUAUGAUGGUUGCUUCCAUUCUUUACCUCAAUUAUAGCUCGCUUUGGAUAAAAAUGUAAAUGUCUCUGUGGGUCUCUAAGAACACCGUUAAAUUCUACUGAAAUAUAACGCAAAGCACGCUAAAUUUUGUAGUUUUUAAACGACUGGAUUUUGUUCAUAGUGGUAUUCUCAGUGGAAACCAUUAUAUAUAGAGUCACCCUAUUAACUAUGUAAAAUGUUAAACUGCACCGCAGUUUUACCAAAGUAAUAAAGGCCUAGUAUAUUGGCUAUCUUAAGUGUAAAAGUUGAAAUUCAUUUUUCUGUCAAUCCAUGGUGACUUGGUUCAUGCAAGUUACAAGUUUUACUGGUCAGACGUGAUCUCAUGUAUUUAAUGUGAUGUCACUGGAUGUGCUCGAUAUUUAUUUUUAUAUAUAUGUUGUAUAUAUGCCCUGCGAUGGGUUGGCACUCCAUCCAGGGUGUAUCCUGCCUUGAUGCCCGAUGACUCCUGAGAUAGGCGCAGGCUCCCCGUGACCCGAGGUAGUUCGGAUAAGCGGUAGAAAAUGGAUGGAUGGAUGGAUGUUGUAUAUAUAAUAUAUAAUGCUAGUUUUAUGUAGCCCUGUAAGCAUCACAGGUGUGUCAGGUUUUCAAAAUAUCUGUAGAAAAACCAAACUCUAGUAAGAUUUUAUAGAAUAUUUUUAGUAUGCUAUUAUAAGACAGUACCUCCAAUGUCACCUGACAUUUUCAAGAACUUUUUGAAGAGUUGUAAUCUGUAUCGUGUUGUGUAAAAUUUCUCGGGAACCUUUUGAGUUUCGGCAGUUAUACAUUAUACAUUCUACAAAACGCAAAAACAUUUAGCUUAACAAAGUUCAUCUUUGAAAGGCAUGAACUAGCCUACAUAAAAGGCAACAAUUCUCGCAGUAACACAUAAUUUGAUCAGUGGGAUCAUAGGAGGAGGGAGGCAGAGACAAAAGAUCGUAGCUAAAUCUUUCAAAUUAGAACUUAUUCACAUUCUUAAAAGAUGUCAACACCUUGAUGAUGACCUUAAAUGCAUAGAUAUAUAUUUUCAUUUUAUCUUGCGUGAUAACAGGCCACAUCACUUUGCACUAUAGGCAGUGUCAAAUCACGCAAUGUCAUUUGCUUCCUCCGCAUACAAAAACAGGCCGAAGGGAGGAAAAAUGGAUAUCGAAAUCGAAAGUAUCGAUCUGUCAUAGCCAAAACCAAUAAGCUGUCAUUAUCACACUUAGUAAGUUUGCCAUUUAGGCUUUAGCCAGCAUGACUGUAAACGCGAGAGUCUGUUGAUUUUUACAAAGUAGUGAAAAUAAAGACUUAAUAAUCACAACAACCUAAGAAAAAGUAGAAAUGUUUGAUCGAAUGGGCCUCCAUUUAUACAUUUAUAAAUCAUUGUGUAGUAUUUGUCAGUUAUUGGAUGACACUGUGUGAAAAUAUAGGCAUAGGCCUACAACGUCGUCAUGAAUGAAUGCGGCAUUUAUAUAGCUUUAUUGUGUUUUGCUAUACACCCAAAGCGCUUUACAAUCAUAUGAGGGGGUCUCUCCUCACACACCACCAGUGAUGUUUUUUUCGGCUACAGGAGCAUAUUUAGCAAAAGGUUUAAUAGUGAUCAACCUCUGUUUAUUUCCACCACCGCCUCUGGUGUUCACAGGAGUGAGAUAAAAGACCUCUGUAUAAGUUAAUUGAGUAUGUGGUAAUUUUGUACCUGACUUGCACCCAUCAUGUUGUUUAUUUUCCUGUAUUUUAUGAUUAUCGAUGUGAUGGCUAUGCACUCACCAAGGAGAACUGUGAUUUUGGAGUAUAUUAAUUACUGAGUGAUAAAAUAUAUACCCAUAAUAAAAAAUAUUUAGAAAUGA